AAAAACAACUAAAUUCAGUGGGCGGUCUUAAAUGAGGGAGAUAGUCAUAAACCUCUGUUCGCUGUUUUCUCACAAAAAGUAAAAUCCCAGUCUUUCUUGUCGCCAACCAAACAAGCAAAUAAAAAAACGACCCAGCUUGUUCUUUUGUUGUUGAGCAGAGCCCAAUUUUGUAGAAGCUCACAUUUUCCUCAUUUCAUGGAUUCUCGCGUUUUCCUCUCAGUUUUUCUCUGUUUCCUCUCUUUAUCCCCUGCUAUCGCUGCUCUUCGGUUCCCAGGACUUCUCGGAGAAAAGAAAACACAAGGAUCAGUGCUUAAAUUGACGACUGGUGUUUCGUCUGUUCCUUUUGAUCCCACUCGGGUCACCCAAAUCUCUUGGCGUCCCAGGGCUUUCAUUUACAGCAGGUUUUUGACUGAUGACGAAUGUGAUCAUCUCAUUCAUCUGGCCAAGGAUAAGCUAGAGAAGUCCAUGGUGGUUGACAAUGAAUUAGCCACUAGUGUAGAGAGUGAAGUUCGGACGAGCUCUGGCAUGUUUCUUCAGAAAGCCCAGGAUGAAGUAGUUGUCGCUAUUGAGGCUAGGAUUGCUGCUUGGACUUUCCUCCCUGAAGAAAAUGGGGAAUCCAUUCAAAUACUUCAUUAUGAGCAUGGUCAGAAGUAUGAGCCCCAUUUUGACUUUUUUGAAGACAAGAUCAAUCGAGAAUUAGGUGGGCACCGGGUAGCCACUGUACUUAUGUAUCUGUCUGAUGUUAAGGGCGGUGGAGAAACAGUCUUUCCUGAUUCAGAGGCUAAACAUACUCAACCAAAGGAUGAUAACUGGUCUGACUGUGCUAAAGAUGGCUAUGCAGUGAAACCUAAAAAGGGGGAUGCUCUGCUGUUUUAUAGUCUUCAUCCUAAUGCAACAACUGACCCGUUGAGUUUGCACGGGAGCUGCCCUGUCAUUGAGGGUGAUAAGUGGUCCGCAACCAGGUGGAUUCAUGUGAGGUCUUUUCAGGUAACAUCAAAGAGCACAAAUGGAGAUUGCGUUGACGAGAAUGAGAACUGUGCUCAAUGGGCUGCUUCUGGCGAGUGUAAAAGGAAUCCACUCUAUAUGGUAGGCUCUGAAGGUGUAGUUGGAAAUUGUAUGAAAAGCUGCAAGGUGUGCUCAUCAUAGGAAUCCUUUUUCAGGCAUCUACAUCUUCAUAAAGUGAAGGGUCGUCUAGAUUUUUGUAUAUAAAAAGAACAUUGAACUAUUCUUACAAACAUAAGAAAGCAAAUAAUUAAAAUAAAGAUGAGUUGAUAGGCAUUGAUAAAGUUAUACUAGCUGGAACUUUCGUAGUUGCUGAUAUUUUUUUACAUUUUAUUUAUAGAGAAUCGUAAUCGAUGAAUUUCCCUGUGGCCUGAUAAUUCAUUUACCAAA